AUGAGAACUAAACGUAAACAGUUGAAGAUGACGUCCAGGAGUAAAACAACAACAGGUUUUGAUCUAUCUAAAAGUCAAGAUGUGGAUAAUUUACUCAAUUUAUUAGAAAAUGGAACAAUAUCGGAUCUCGAAGAAGAGAGUGACGAUGAAAUUGUACAGGCAAUACCACAAAAAAUGUUCGUUUUAGAUAUGAAAAUAUUUUUAGAGAACAUGGCCAGAGAUAGAUUUCUUCAGAUGAGAAACAAUUUGCAUGUAAUUGAUAACAAUUCUAUUCCACAAAAUAACACCGAUCGUUUUAUCAAAGUUCGACCUUUAUAUGAUUCAGUUAGAAAACGAUGUCUAGAACUAAAAUUAGAGCAAAUAUUGAGCGUUGAUGAACAGAUUGUACCUUUUCGAGGAAAACUUGAAGUCAAACAAUAUGUCAAGGGAAAACCACAGCCAUGGGGUGUAAAGAUAUUUAUGAUUUGCGGAAAUCAAGAUGAAGUUCGACGAUGGAAUAAAAUAUCUAAAAAUUACGUAACUAUACCGCGUCCUGAACUUGUGCAAUUAUAUAACAAUGGUAUGGGCGGUGUAGAUAAAACUGAUUAG